GAAAUGUCGAAGGGCAGAGUCUUCAUUUCCUGAGACGGGAAAACAACAUGACAGACACAAACUCUGAUGUGAAGGACUCUUUUAAAGAUGGCAGCCUGGAGGGGUUUAGUUAUUUUAAAAAGGAUGAGUUUGAAAGUGACUGGGAGAAAUUGGUUGAGCGCAAGUUUGGUCGGGUCUAUAAGGUGAAGCUUAAAGUCCUGCGGGAAACAUGUGCUCUGAAGACCACAACCAAUGACUACAGGAACAUAAUGGAGAUUUCCAAAAUUGGAAGAAUGAAGUUCAAUUAUUUGAUCUCCAUUUAUGGAAUCUGCAAAGACCCGCCUGCUUUAGUGAUGGAAUAUGUGCGAAAGGGAUCCCUGGAUAAUGUCCUCAGCAAUCAUUUGUUAAUGUGGCCUAAAAAGUUUCAGAUGAUCCAUGAGAUGACGAUGGGUAUGAACUUUCUGCACAGCAUGAAGCCGCCAAUCCUUCAUUUGAAUUUGAAACCGGCCAACAUUCUUUUAGAUGAUCAUCUGCACGUGAAGAUUUCAGAUUUUGGUUUCAUUAAGUGGGAGUUUUCUAGUAGGAAAGAGUUCAUUGAACACCUGACGGCCAGAGGCAACAUAAACUAUGUGCCUCCAGAGACCUUUAGCCAGAAUCCUGAACCCCCUGGAAUGAAGUAUGAUGUGUACAGCUUUUCUAUUAUAAUGUGGGAGAUUCUCACUCAAAAGCGCUCAUAUGCAGGUCUGUGUAUGACAGAAAUAUUAAUCAGAGUGUCAUCUGGCAAAAGGCCUGGUGUAGAGAAGAUCCCUGAAGACAAGCCUCCUGAGUGCGAGGACAUGAUUGGUGUCAUGCAGCAAUGCUGGAAUCAAGACAGCAGAAGCCGACCCGCUUUCUCUGAGACUGUUCGACUGACUGAAGUCUUCAGUGAAGUCCUGAAAAUCCCAGAUACGGUUUCACGGAGUGAGAUAAGAAAGUGCCUGCCUGAACAGCCCAAGAAAACGGCUGACUCCUCAGAUGAUUCAAGCAUUCACUCUCUGCUUGUAAGAAAAGACUUUUCUAGCUUCAAGAAAGUUGUGCGAAAAGAGCAUGUGUCAAUGCUCUUUCAAGACAACAACUCUCUCCUUCAUCAUGCCGUGGCAGGCGGGGACAGAGAAAGUGUGCAGAUGGUCCUGAAUCUGGGAGCCUCUGUGAAUUGCCAGAGUGUAAAAGGCUACACUCCUCUCAUCGUCGCAGUUCUGCACAAGUUUUAUGAGAUCUGCAGCUUGCUGACAGACUGUGGGGCUGACGUCAACCUCAGCGAUGGCGACCAGUGGACCGCGCUACAUUUUGCCGUACAGGCUGGCGACGACAGAGCCACUCGACUUUUGCUAGACAAUAAGGCAAGAGCCGAUGCCAAGGAAAAGGAUGGAUGGACGCCUUUGCAUCUAGCAGCUCAAAAUGGGCACGAGAACAUUGUGAGAAUCUUACUCCGCCGUCUUGACGGCGUGGAUGCGCAGGAGCACCAAUCAUGCCGAACAGCGCUUCACGUAGCUUCUAUUUAUGGCCACAUAAACAUCGUCAAGCUCUUGCUCAAUAAACGAGCUGACAUCAACAAACAGGAUAACAACCAAUCCACUGCCCUGCACCUGGCGGCAGAGGAGGGGCACUUCAGGGUGGUCCGUUUGCUGGUUAAUAGUGGAGCUGAUGUGAAUAAAGUUGAUGAGCAAAGCUACAGCCCUCUUCAUUUUGCAGCUCUGAACGGUUAUACGGGUAUCUGUAGACUCCUCUUAAGUAAAGGAAUCGACCCCAACAGCAGAACUAAUAAGAACUGGACUGCCAUGCACCUGGCAGCCCUGAAAGGCCAUCCGGAGACUAUCCUCACCUUGGAGGAACACCAAGGCUCGGUCAACAUUCAAGGGAAAAACGGCUGGACGCCUUUGCAUCUUGCCUGUCAUCAUGGACAGGAGGAGGUGGUGACAGGGCUGCUAACAGCAGGUGCUGACCCAAACUUGGCUGAGGAUAACGGUUGGACCCCCCUCCAUUUAGCUUGUAAUAGCAGCAGCUUCCCUAGCGUGCUGCAGUUGAUAUCCCAUAAAGCUAAUGUGAAUGCUCAGAAUAACAGCCAGUCAACACCCUUGCAUUUAGCCGCCCAGCUCAGCAACAUCCCUAUCAUCAAAGCCCUUCUGAUGAAUAAUGCACAGCGGGACAUGCAGGACUCCAAAGGAUGUACCGCCUUAACCUUGGCUCAACGGUGCAACAAUUCAGAAGCUGUGGAGCUCCUGGACAGCUAGUGCUUGGGUUGAGAGCGAGCAGUGUUCGGUGACAGAUAACUCCGCCAUUAGAGGGAGUGCAGCAUUGAUUUCUUCCAUCGAUUUCCUUCCUCCUGCAAAGCCUGCUCUUAUAAACACUCUGGCUGUUGUUUUUGAUUUAGAUUCCUUGAAUUUAACGCCUUUGUUUGGGUUUGUGAAGAGCUCAGGUGUGCUCUAUGUGUGUAAGUGUUAUGAAUGAGGCGUUUUAUGACCAGCGGUGCGUAGGGAAGGUCAGCAUAAAAUCAUCAGCGUCAGUUUAUUUAUUGUGAAUAAUUCAUCAGAGCAUGUCACGCCUUGGAAAACAAAUGUUUGUUUCUCGUUUUAUUCGAUCAAAAUGUAAUAACUUGCUCAAUCUUUGAAAAGACUUUCUUUGUGUGUUGAUGUCACGUAGGUUGCAGAGGCUAAUGCAUAUUUUUAAAGCAAUAAUUCAGAUCAAAAUUUCAAUUCUAGCAUUGUUUCCUCAGCCUUGUCAUUCCAAACAUGUAUGACUUGCAUUAAUUUGUUGAAUAUAGAUUUUUAUAUAGAUUUCUAUGGCACAACGCUCUCAAAAACUAAUAAGUAGAUUCUAGUCAGUCUGACUAAUCUAACAACCCAUUAUUUAUUUUUUUGCUGAAUCCUGUUUAAUUUGAAAACACGUCAUAUUGGAGAAGGAAAAUACAUUAUUAUAGUGGUCUGUUUAAAUCCAUACACUCAGUCUCUCUUAAGUGCUUUGCUGCACACCAAUUCGACACUCUCACCCCCCUCCCCAACUUCUCCUAGCCCAUAUCUGAAAUCUGUCAAGAUGUUUAGCCCAAAUACAUAAUAAUCAGCCAAAUGUUUAUGGCAUUUACAGAGCAUUAAGUCUAACAAUAAUUAAUUGUAAUUGUUUAUGCAUGACGGCGACAUGGUGGUUGAGUGGUAAGCACUGUCGCCUCACAGCAAGAAGGUCGCUGGUUCGAAUACCGGCCUGGGUCAGUCGGCAUUUCUGUGUGCAUGAGCUUGCAUGUUCUCCCCAUGUUCGUGUUGGUUUCCUCUGGGUGCUCUGGUUUCCCCCACAAUCUAAAUUCAUGCGCUAUAGGUGAAUUGAAUAAACUAAAUUGGCCAUAGUGUAUGUGUGUG